AUGACAAAUACCUCCACACAAUCUAUUAGGAGACGUCUUAUUUUUGAUACACCUGAUUCUCCUAAUGAUUAUCAUGAUGUUGAUUCAUUCUUAGAUUCAUUAAAUUAUUCCUAUAUUGCUAAAAAAUCAGACAUGUGGAAUUUUGAUUUCUUUACUGGCGAUACAAUUGUUUCUGAAAACGCCAAUACAAGUUCAUUUGAAUGGAAGCUAAUACCAAAUAAAACAUUUAUUGUUAAAACAAAAAAAUCAAUUAAAAAUCAAGGAUCUCCAUCUUCAUUUUCUAAAACAUCUUCAAUAUCCUCUCUAACACCAUUAUCAGCAAAGGAAAACCAAUUUUAUGAGAAUUGUCAAAAAACUCCAGUAAAAUCGAAAUUGAGACAGGCACAAUUAAUUAGAUUUAUGACUUCAACACAUAAAAAAAAUAGAAAUGGAAAAAAGAUAGAAAAUUUGUUAAAAGGAUAUAUUAAAAAGAAUGAAGAAAAAAAAAUGAAAUCAGCAAGCACCUAA